AUGCCAGUGCUGCCGGCGUCGAUCGCAGGGGGAGCUCACCUCGCCGGCGAGGCUGCCGUCAUCGCUGCCGCCGCCGUUCUCUCCUCGUACCUCUCUCUUCCGUCGAGGCUCCUCGAGGGUGUCCACACGUACAUCCACCCCGAUAACAUCGGCACCGGGGACGGGCUCCGCGCCGCCAUACGCCAGCCCUCCGACGAUGCCUCCUCGACGGAGCAGCCGCAGCUGAAGCGGAGGUCCAGAUCGGAGAGGGACGGCGGCGCCGUCAAGGGAAAGUCCCCCUUCGACGAGUCUGGCGCUCAGCUCCUCCGCCUCCGGCUAGUCGAUUCCCACCUUCGCACCCGCCUCUACUUCCCAGAGUACCGUCGGAGCUUCGUCUCCAGCAUUUCUGCGGUCUCUUGCCUCCUCCUCGGCAUCUUCCUCUCCCGGAGAAGCUCCUCCGAUUCUGAUCCUCCGUCGGUGGCUGAGGCGGCCGUCCCGGUCUUCUCGUCGCUCUUUGCAGCGGCGCACGUUUUCUCGUCCCUCGCCAAGGUCUCGUUCGAGCGAUCUGCCACAAAGAGGUCCGAGAGGCAGCUCGCCGCUCUCUCCGGAUUCAUCGGAUUUGUCUCCGCGCUGCUGAUUCGGUACAUUUUCUCUCCCUCGAUCUUCGACUUCCGAUUCCCCGGCGGCGCCGUCGGGUUUUGGGGGAUCACGUCGUCUGCCCUAGCGGGGUGCCUGGCGGGGUUUCUGUUCGUGCCGGCGAUCAGAGCGGCCCGAUCUCUGUGGCUGGGGACGGAUCAGCUCCGAUGGAACCUCGACGGCGCCAUGUCCUCCGGCAAGAUCUCCCCCAUCCUCUUGUCCGCCGCAUUCGUCGCCGGCGUGGUCGCUCCUCUGAUGUGGAUCAAGCCGAUUGUGGAUUUCCCUGCGAGGAACUCUUCUCCUGCGAAAUUCGACCAGUUCCGGAUCUGGCUUCUCGCCGCAUCUGCCACCCUGCAACUCCUGGCUGUCCGCCCUAACUUGCAGACCUACCUCAACGAGGCCGUGCUCUCCUGGUACCAGAUGCUACACUCGAGCAAGAUUCCCGACUCGGACUUCGCGCGAGCCAAGGUCUUUCUUCACAACCACAACCUCUGCCUGGUGGUCCUCCAGUUCUUCGCCAUACCAGCGUUGGAGAUGUUACUCCUAGGAAUUUCUCAGACGACGGCUCGCUCAUCCGGCGGGGCUCUUCUCCCCGAUUUUGCUUCUACCGCGAAGGAGACGGCUCUGUUCUUCGCGUGGUGGAUCUCGUUCGUCUGGGCGAUGUACACCAUUUCCACGCUCGCGCUCCUCCGCUGCGGGUUCUUGCUCAUCUCGUGA